CUGGAGUUGGUGACGCUGAACCAGAAACACCCACGGAAGAGAUCAGAGAAGUGGAUGGCACUGUAUCUCAUGACAGCAAAGUGGAAAACAUAGAGGUCACAGCAAUAGAAAAAGAGGAAUAUAUAGGUCAAGAUGUGUCAAACAAUGAUACAAGUGAUGCUGAUGACAGUUUUGAUGACAUGCUUACAGAGGAAGUGGAAGACAAGCAAUGGCUUCUGAAAGUAAAAUUGGUAAUGACCAGCAAACACACAGAGAGACUGGAGGCGAAAGUGAGAAACAUAAAAUUGUAUGGCUCUUCAUUUCAUUGCCUGAAACCGAGAAGCUGGAUAAGUGAUGAGGUUAUUGAUGCAUUUUUGAGCUGUGUAGUUGAGAAAGCAGAUGGAAAGAGUGAAUUACUUCAAAAUGAUAUAUUAUUGCUUCCUUACCACACACCAGGUCAUUGGGUUCUUGCGAUAGCCUUGAUGAAAAAAAAGGAAUUGUUAAUAAUUGACCCCUUGUGUGAUGAGAUCAGAUAUGAAAGAACAUGCCUGAGGAAUUGGAGAAACUUCAUCAAACGAUUAACUAGUAAAUCCUCAUCUGAUUGGAACAGUAAAAUUAUGCAGCAUCCCAGACAAAGUGAUGGCCACAACUGUGGACCACUCAUCUUAAAGUUUGCAGAAACAUAUUUGCAGCACAAAGACAUCAGUACAGUGGAAACAACACAGAAGGCUAAUACUGCGUUUAGAAGACAUAUAGCAAUUCUUCUAAUGAAGGAGUCAGAAAGCGUGGAGGACUACUGCAUAUACUGCAACCUUAUCGACUGUGAAAAAGAAAGUGAGGAUUGCACGACGGUCCAGUGUGAUUCUUGCAAGAGGUGGGCACACAUACCAUGCAUUACAGAAAGAACCAAUCAAGAAAACCUGACAUAUGAGAAAAAAGAGUACAACUGCAAGACAUGUGCAUAGUUCACUUCAUUAACAAAAAGAAAAAAGGCAAUAAAGAAAACCCAUUGUUUAACUGCCUCUUGUUCAAAACAUAAUGCAACCCAAAGAAAUAUAUUUCUAUGUAUACAUCAGAUUAUAAUAAAUGUUCUUGAUGUUAAAUAAAUUAUUCUCUGUAU